AUGUCCAAUUUAGCCAAGAAAAGGUUAAUUCGGGAUUUCAGAAAACUGCAAAGUGAUUCCCCAUUUGGUGUUAGUGGAUCACCAAUAGGAAAUGAUAUUAUGAAAUGGAGGGCUGUCAUUUUUGGCCCCGCUGAUACUCCAUGGGAAGGUGGUACUUUUCACUUGGAACUUUUAUUUGGUAAUGAAUACCCCAACAGACCACCCAAAGUGAAAUUUUUAACAAAAAUGUUUCACCCCAAUAUAUAUAUGGAUGGAAAUAUAUGUAUUGAUAUUCUUCAAAAACACUGGAGUCCAAUAUAUGAUAUUUCAGCAAUAUUGACAUCCAUUCAAUCACUUUUAAGUGACCCAAACCCUAACAGUCCAGCCAAUCAAGAGGCAGCUCUUUUAUUUGUUGAAAAUAGAAUAGAAUAUAAUAGAAGGAUAAAAAAUUGUGUGAAGGAAUCUUUUAAUUUUAUAGAA